AUGAGGCACGAGGAGGAUCGAAAUCUGGUACUGAGAGUCGAAAGGAUUUCUUCCACUAUCUCUUCCACGCCGUUGACCCUGAUACUAGAAAGGGAUACAGCAACGAUGAACUAUUCGGUGAGAGUGAGUCUCUUAUUAUCGCUGGUUCCGACACGUCUGCCAUAA